CACGAGAGCUUGGAGCGUCUUUCCACGAUGAGUUGCCGAGUGCAUCGGCGGCAUCAUACUUAAGCGUCCCGCUCACCAUUCUCCCCGCGGCCCCUCUUCCAACAUCUGCUACAACGCUCAUUACUUGCGAGAUCUUACGAAUGUUGCAAUCUUAGCGAGUUCCAUACGAUAAGAUGCAAAUACUGUUGGGCCUACUAUAUGGAUCUCCUUUAACAGUCUCAGCUUUCCCGCUAAAGAACACGCAGCGGUGCCAAUGACCAGAGAGCAAAGGAUAUAUUUCUCAGAUCUAAUAUCGGAUUUUCUAGCAUCCAUCAUACAUAAUGAGGCUUGUUCAACAGUCUUACUUGUAUGCUCGACACGGGAUCACUUCCUCGAGCAACUGUCGGGUUGCAUACAUCCACUACACGCCGCAUCUCCGACGAGCCUGGAGCAGCAGCUUGAGAACGAUGAGCGUCGCAGUUUCGCACGAGAGCCGGACCAUCCGUUCCUCAGAAAGACGAUUGGGCUCCUGGCGAAUUCAAGAAAAAUCAAACUAGCUUUCUGCCCAACAAUCGAGCAUCUGCGCGCGUAUCUCUCCGGUCUACGUAUUACAGACAACAAAGGCUCAAGGACGGACAAUAGCAGCAGGCCGCUGUUAGCAAUUGUCGAUCUUGUAGCUCUCCAUGCUACAUCUUCCGAGUUCUCUGCCCAAGGCUUGUCGAGGACUCUGGCCCUUGCCGUUGAGGUUUCUGCUAGGGAAAGUCUCGAUAUAGUCCUCUGUGAAUGUAAGGACGCCCUAGAUCCUCAGAGCAGUGAGCGGGGUGAUGGCCUCUGGAAUGUCCAUGUGCCAUUACUCAGUGGUACCACGAGAUCCAGUGGUGAGGGAGCUGGCCGGUCUGGAAGCAGUGUACCUGUGAAAAGCAUCGCACAAAGAUGGUUUAAUUUUGAGCAAAAGAAACAAAUGUCAGCAGAGACUUGAUGGAUAUCACAACACAAUAGGCCAUUAAACGCCAUAUCCAUAUCCCAGGUAUCUAUGUAUAUCAUAUCACAUCGAAAGAAAAUGGGUAUCCUAGACUAGCCAGCCAAUAAACUCCAACUACCUUCCAGCGUGCC